AUGACUUCUUCAUCCGCGGCUCCGGGACAAGGGCACACGCACUACACGAUUCUGGGUAUAAGUCGCAAACUCGUCCAGGAACAGUCAACCACAGCGGGGCCGCAGCAAAUCAUCAAACGGGCCUACCACCGCGCUCUCCUCCAAAACCACCCGGACAAAUACCCACAACUCAAGAAUACUCCUUCAACCAGUACAACCAUCCGAGCACCCUCUUCUUCUGCUACUGCCGCCACGUUCUCAAUCGACCAAAUCUCAUCAGCCUAUAAGGUCCUCUCGGACCCCAAGCAGAGGGCAGAAUACGACCGCGCUCUGGACCUGGCACCAAAUAAUCAAGGUCUCCAGCGCGGCGAUGGCGACGAGGAGAAGGCUUUUCAGACAGGCAUCGAGAUCGUCGAUCUUGACGACCUGGAAGUCGAGGAGCCUCCAUCAGACGAUCCCGAGGCCGAGUGCUCUUGGUACCGCAGCUGCCGGUGCGGCAAUCCGCGCGGUUUCUUCUUCACGGAGGCGGACCUGGAAGAGGCCGGUGAGAACGGGGAGCUGCUCGUCGGUUGUCAGGAUUGUAGUCUUUGGAUGAAGGUACAUUUUGCUGUAGUCUCGGAUGACUGA